AUGCCUUGAGCUGAACAAUCUACACAAUGAAGAUUAUCUUUUUCUUGGUGCUCGCUGGUCUCAGCGUUUCUCAUGGCUAUGAUUGUAUACAGAGAUAUCAAGCAGCGAAUACUCUGCAGUGCUUGAAAAAUGCAUUAGAGAUUGCUCCAGAUUUUCUUGAAAAACUGAUAUACUUUCUAUGUAACUAUAAAGAUGGGAUGAAAAACAAUAAAAGAGAAUUUGAAGCCGCUUUCCGUGACUUGAUAGAAAUAGUGGAAUGUGGGGGCUGCGCUUUGGAUAAAAUAACUGGCACAAAUGAAUCAAUUGAAGAACUUUUAGGAGAUAUUGGAGGUGCUGGACAACAAGCAGUCUUUGGCAUCCUGAAGGCUGCAGAUGGACUACAAUUAACUGGACCUGUGGCACACUUAGCAUGCAGCCUGCUCAAAGGUCUUGGUACUCCUGGUGGUCUGGUUAAUCUUAGCGGUAUUCUGGGUAAUCUUGGCGGUGGCCUGGGUGGUAUCCUGGGUUAAGUCAAGAACUACAUGCGAAACACGCAUUGGAUGCAUGUAGUAAAAUAGAAGAAAGCAUACAAUAAAAAAAAGAAAAGAAAAACAAAAUCAUAUGAUUGAUUUUUUUUAUUUUCUUGAUUUCUUAUUUUCUUGAAGUCUUAUGUGUAAACCUACC